AUGCACGCCGGGGCUGGGGAGGAGGACGAGGAGAGCACGCCACUGCUCGCCGGCAGCCUGGGCAUCCACCAGCUCAUCCACCGCAUCCGAUUCGACCUGCUCACGCUGAUUGACACCCCGCUCUCAACUGAACAGCUCACAUCCCCAGCCAUCACAUUCUCGAUCACCAGGCCACUCGAAUCCACCUACCUCAGCCUCACCAACCAGGCCAUCAUCUUCGCACUCCUCGUCAACCGCGUCCAGUUCUCCACCGACGCAUCCCACGCACUCACCCUCCACUCCGUCAACGCCACCCGCGCCUCGCUCUGCGAAAUACUCGCCACCAACAUCCUCAGGCGCCUCCACCAGGCCGACCUCCUCAAGCACAAGCACAACACAACCACCAGCCAGAAACUGACCCCGGAGGAGGAGCAGGCCUGUCUGCUCAACUCCGCCAAUGUGCUGGCCACCGCCUUCAGCCCCUUCGAAGGCGCCCCCGCUCAGGUCAUCGCCGCACUCCAGGCCGACUGGGGCGCCUCGGACUCCAAGAACCUCCUCGCCCGCCAGUCGAAUGCGCUCGAGAUGGCCAUCGUCAGCGAGGCCAAACAGUUCAUCCGGAGCCCCGCCUGCCAACGAGUCAUCGACGCCAUCUGGUCCGGCAAGAUCGUCUACACCUCAACCGCCAUCGUCGACAUCCUCUCCGACAGAUACAAGCACCGUCCCGUCUCGCUCUACAACCCACGCAAUGCGCCCCUCCUCAACCACUACCGCCUCACCGUCCCGCGGAACCGGGCCGCCCUCGAAUACUUCCACUACGCCGUGCUCAUCGGCUCCUAUGUGGCCACCCUGCAGACCCGCCAGCUCGACAGGAUGAAUCCGAUCGAGGUCUGGUUCAACGUCUUCACCCUCGGCUUUGCCGCCGACAAGCUCGGCUCCGUCCUCGAACACGGCUGGCUGGUCUUCAUCGCCAACCUCUGGAACGGCUUCGACGCCGCCUUCAUCCUCGGCCAUGCCGUCUAUCUCGCCCUGAGGAUCACCGGCCUCGUCUACCUAUCCCACUACGAGCUGGACUCGCACUGGCUCAACGAGCAGUCCCACCAAGUCCUCUCCUGUCUCGCCAUCCUCAUCUUCCCCAGACUCGCCUUCAUCACCCUCUCCGAUAACAUCCUCAUCCUCUCCUUGAGAUCCAUGCUCAGCGACUUCGUCUUCCUCAUGCUCCUCGGCGCCUGGUGCUUCCUCGGCUUUGGGUACGCCCUCUACUCCCUCCAGCGAGGGAAACUCGAGUUCGACGGCCAGGCGCCUUACUCCCUCGGCGAAAUCGCUAUCUGGAUGGUCUACAUCUUCUUCGGCCUCGACGCCACCGGCAUCUCUAAUGCCCACCACUUCCAUCGCAUCUUGGGCCCCGGGAUCUUUAUUAUCUAUGCAUGUCUCUCCAACACCUUGCUAGUCACCGUGCUGGUCUCGAUCCUCUCAAAGAUCUUCAGCGACAUCUCGAACGACUCGAUCGCUGAGACGCUAUACCGGAAGGCGGUUCUGACGUUCGAGGGCGUCAAGUCCGAUGCGCUGUUCUCCUUCCAACCGCCAUUCAACAUACCGGCGAUGCUGAUCCUGAUCCCGCUGAAGCCGUUCCUGACCCCGCGGAAGUUCCACACGGUGGUCGUGUUUCUGUGCCGGAUGUUUGGCUGUCCAGUGCUCCUGACGAUCAGCUUCUUCGAGCGAUACGUGGUCGGCCCGUUCGACAAGGACCGCAACUCGCUCAAGCUCACCGUCGCUAACAGCCUCGGAGGCCUGGCGUUGAACCACUUCAACGCGAUCAUCAAUAAGGGCAACAACCAUCCCGUGCCCAUCGGCGCCUCCGCCCCGCGCAGACGCACAACCAUGUCCAAAAUGUCCUCCCGCAUCACCCGCAACUUGCGCAAGUUCGGCGGCCUCGCUGUCAUCAAUGCUUGUUUCGACUACGAGCCCUAUCCCCCCGUCCAGACCGAGGCCGAGGCGCAGGAGAACGAAGACCAUCUCGCGCUCCUGCGCGACAACAACAACAACAAGAAACUCUCCCGAGAACCGGAGCAACUUGGAAACAACGAUACGGUGCGCAAGCACAGCAAAGACAAAAAGAAGGAGACCGGGGGUCCACAGGCCUGCGCCUUCGACAAGCCCUCGGAGCUCGAAAACGGCACCCUACGCUCCCCCUCUACCGUGCGUCUGGACCCGGCCAGUCCGCUCGGGCCUCCAGCCGGGCGCGAGCUGACGACGCUCGAAAAGCUGUUCCUGCCCCACGCGGGCAUCGUCUCGACCUUCGUCGGCCCCGUCCCCUCCUCGGACCGCCCUGUGCUCACGCUUCCCGACUCUACAGUCGAGCGCGCACACUCCCCACGCUUCUCCUCCUCGUCCUCCUCCUGCUCCUCGUCGACCAUCGACAAGCCCCCCGUCCAGCCCCGCCCCGCGCCUCUGCCCUCCUCCUCAUCGUCGUCGAGACCGGCGACGAUCUACCUCGACCCUCCCCGAACGUCGCUCGGAGGGAACCACAAGCCGGCGUCGAUCAUCCAGGACGAGCUCGAGGAAGACACGCUGGGCCAUCGCCGUCGUCGUCGGAGGACGCGAAGGGUCCGGACCACCGCCAGCCGGCUCUCGCUCGCCCGAUCCCCGUCUUCGUCCGAGUACGACGACGAGGACGACGGCGAACAGGCGCUCCUCCUCGGCCUUGACCCCGGCCCUUCUAGACCCGCUGACCACAACGUGCGCAUGGUGCCCAUCGACCAGGUCGAUCGGCUGCUCCAGGCCCGGCUCGCGCAACUCGAGGCCAAACUCACUUCUUCCUUCCAAGCCCUGCUCGAUAAACUCCCGCCUCCUCCCGCCCACCCCUCCUCCUCUUCCACUGGUCCGGGAGACCCCGCUGCGCUUCUCCCGCCGCCUGCGCCUCCUCCUUGA